AUGGCUGUCGACAUGUACCAUGCUCGUUUGAGCGCUGACGAUUUUGACACUGCGUCGAUCCGUUCGGCGGCACCCUCCUACGUUUCCGAGGCGCCAUCAUACCACUCGACAGCCCAUCCCAACGAGUGUGCACCGCCGUAUAGCCCAUCUGCCAGGCCUCCGUACUCGUCCACUCCUCGAAGCAUGGUCCCUCCUGCGAGUCGCUCCUCGACAGCUACACACAACGCCCCAGCGAGGGGACUGCCACGCAUACCUUCCCCUCCACGACAAAGCGAGCCGCUUCAGCUCACCGACUUCCGUGUGGGCACGUGGUCGACCGUGCAUAGCAACCCGACAUACGCGAGAGUGGCGCACCGUCGGGCAACCGCUGCUAGGCAUAGCAACUCGACAGCUACAGUCGAGAAUGCCCUGCGCCAUGUCCUCCACCGCAUGAAUACAGAGGAAGCAAACCGUGUGCGACCCCUCGAGGACCCUUACUUGGUUGGCGAAGAAGCAGCAGCGAAAGCUCGGCGCGCCCGACUCUCCAGGCAGAACGGAGACGAUAUUCUCAUCUUGGAGGAUAUGCGCUGGGACAGGUUCUUGGGUACGUUUGCUACUCAUUGA